AUGAUUAUGGUUUACGAGGUAAUUGCAUCCAAUGAUGACACUGAAGUUAGAAACGCAUCCGUUUUUGAGGAUGACAUCCUUUAUCGAAACGGGGAGCUAAUGGAUGAACUGCGCAGAGCUUUAUCAGGCCGAGCCACAGAAUUUGCCACUCGGGAGCGACGUGCUCUUGCUGCUUUUUAUGGGAUAUCUGAUGCUGAGUUGGGCAAAUUAGAAGAGGAGCAGAAGAAUCAAAAGCCCGAUACAGAUGAUACGCAAAGAGAGGUAAUUUACAGGACUAGCAACGUUAUCUGUGGUGUAUAA